AUGCCGCUCACAUCAGCUGCCAUUGACAUCCCCACCUCCUACGAGACCCUCAAUCUCACACACAUCAAAAUCUCCCACCACCCCAUUGGAUCACCAUCCGCAACACCAGUGGUGAUUCUUACGCUGAAUAGACCGGAGAAACAUAAUGCGUUUACACCUGACAUGGCGGAUAGUCUCACGCGGGCUUAUCAAAUGUUUCAUGUAGACCCGCGCGUCAAGGUCGUCGUGCUGACGGGGACGGGGAGGAUGUUCUGUGCUGGAAUGGAUUUGGAUAUUGGGUUUGGUGAUGGGGAGGGGAGGGCUGUUGAUUUUCGUGAUAUUGGUGGGCGAGUUACUUUGGCGAUGCAUCGAUGCCAUAAACCUACUAUCGUUGCGCUUCAGGGCUCUGCGGUUGGUGUCGGGAUGACAAUGACUCUGCCGGCAGCUGUGAGAAUCUGCCACGAAAAGAGCAAAUUCGGCUUCGUAUUCACCCGUCGUGGCCUAACUAUCGAAUCCUGUGCCUCAUACUUCCUCCCUCGGCUGAUCGGAUUCUCACGCGCUAUGCACCUCAUCUCUACCGGCGGGGUUUACCCGCCUUCACCAAAGUAUUUUGGUGAUCUAUUCACGGAAGUUCUCCCUGAUUCUGCUCAGGUACUACCCCGAGCUUUGGAAAUGGCUCAGGACAUGGCGGAGAAUACUAGUCCGCUGGCAUCCUCGAUGAGUCGGGCGUUGAUGUGGGAAUGUCCGACAUCGCCCGAGGAGGCUCAUUUGCUUGAGUCACGGGUGUUUCAUCAUAUGAUUGGACAGAAGGACUACCGGGAAGGUGUCAACUCGUUCCUUGAGAAGAGAAAGCCUCGAUUCGAGACUGAUCCACGAGAUAGUAGUGCCCCAAAUUAUCCGUGGUGGCCUGAAGCAAAUAUUGCUCUAGAGCCGAGUGUCUCGAAGAGCUCUAAGUUGUAG